AUGGGUAACACCUUAAUCAACCACUUUAUGUACGCUGAUGAUUUGGCCAUUAUAUCUCCCAGUAGUGCAGGGUUCCAACAGCUUCUCAACAUAUGCUCAGACUAUGGAGUCAAGUUUGACAUCAAGUAUAAUGCCAAAAAGAACAGAAAUACACCGACUCCUGUUCAUUGUCUGAACAAGAAGAAAUCUAUUCACAUCUCCUGUGGAAAGGACCACACUGCUGUUUUGACAAAGACUGGUGCAGUGUUUACUUUUGGCUCCAGUCAGUAUGGACAGCUUGGGCACAACUCAUUCAACGAUGAACUACGACCUCGGCUUGUUGCAGAGCUCUGGGGGGCAAAGGUCACCAGGAUUGCUUGUGGACGACAUCACACAUUAGUGUUGACAGACUCAAAGAAGGUCUACUCCUUUGGGUGUGGAGAGCAGGGGCAGCUGGGACAUGGAGAGGAGAGUCAUCCAUCUGUGCCGCUACCUGUUCAACUGCCACAGGACACUGCUGAUGAUGCUAAAAUUAGAAACAUCUUCGCAGGAGAAAACUGUUCAUUUGCAACAUGCACAUCUAAUGAGGACAUUCAUGAGGACUCAAACACUGACAGUGUCAACAAUGUAACACAACAUUGUCUCGACAACAUGAUUGACAAAUGGAUCUCUGAAUGUGACUUAAAGUCAUGGAAAAAGAUAAAACAGCAAAUUCACAAGAUGUUUUCCUCUGCAUCCUGUGUGAAUGCAAGCUUUCUUGAGCAAAGCAAAGACAAACAUUACCAGACCUCACCAAAGUACUCUGGCUUAAACUUGAAACUUGCACGACUUGCUUUCAAGAAACUGGUGAAGAAGGACGAUGUUUUCGCAGAGGUCGAGGCUGCUGUCCUGCACCUGCUUCCCUCUCUUGAUAAAAAGCCAGUGAGUGUGGAGGGAUUGAGGAUCUUCCUGCUUCUCAAUGAGCUCCUACAUGCGAUCCAGAGACACAAACGGCGUCAAACAAGCACAAAGCUCGCUGAGGCGGUCGCUGCUGCUGUAGUAAACUUGUCUGCUGACAGCCUGCAGGUCAUAGGGGACUGGUGGUCCUCACUGUUGCCCUCCACCAUGGUUAGACAUGUUAAGGUGUGGAAGCAGGCCCUGUCAGUGAUCCUGUCCUCUAAGUGUGUUCCUCGCAACUCUGGAGACAGAAACCUGCUGCUAGUCCUCCAGUACAUGUACAAUGCCAACAGCAGGAUUGCAGAACCUCAAAAAAUGCCAGACAGUGAUUUCUGUUUGUCUAUUGAGAAAGACUUUCUUCAGGAGGAUCUACGGCUUUGGCGUUUACGGUCAAAACGCAAGAAUGGGCAUGCUGAGCCACUUAUCCUCUGUAGCUUUCCGACUGUGAUGGAUCUGGAGUCAAAGAAAUUUGUUUUUGACCUGAAUGCUGAUUGCACCAAGGUGGAGGUGCUUGAACGCAAAUUCUUGGAUAUGUUUUGGGAAUUUGGUUUAAUUCUCCCGCCGCCGGAAGAUGUGCUCUUAAAACUGGACGUGAGGCAAGCAUCAGUUUUGGAGGACACCUUUAAACAACUGGCUGCUGCUCGUCACAGUGACUACAAGUGUCCACUUUUGGUUGACUGGGGUGAAAAAUUGACAUUUGAUGAUGUACCGCUCUACAUGAAAGACUUCUUUUAUGAAGUGUUUCACGAGAUGGUGUCAGCUGAGUCUGGGAUGUUCAUGUUCAACAACUCCAAAACGCUGGCAUGGUUCCCCUCCAAACAGCCAAAACAAGAGGACCAGCGAUACUUCCAGUUUGGAGUUCUGUGUGGAUUGGCUUUGUACAACAAGUGCAUCAUACACUUACCCUUCCCACUGGCUCUGUUCAAGAAGCUGCUGGGUGUUAAGCCUUCACUGAGCGAUAUGAUAGAGUUCAGCCCAUCUGUUGGAGAGAGUCUGCUGAACAUCCUGGAAGACUACGAAGAUGAUGUCAUAGAAAACCUCUACAUGGAUUUUUUUAUCAGCUGGGACGGGACAGAGGUUGCGCUUGAUCCUGAAAAUCCUGAGAAGCCAGUGACAGGUCAAAAUAAGAAGGAGUUUGUGGAUGCCUACGUGAAUCAUGCUUUCAAUGCAUCAGUGGAGAGUGUGUUUCAGGAGUUCAAGCGAGGCUUCUUCCAGGUGUGUGACUGGGAUUUGGUGAAGCUCUUCAGACCAAAGGAGCUGCAGGAAGUGCUGGUGGGCAAAGACUUCCAUGACUGGGCAAAGCUGAAACAGAACACAGGUUAUGAGGGGGAGUUCAAUACCACACCACCACACCCCACCAUACAGAUGUUUUGGGAGGUUUUUGAUGAACUAACUGAGGAUCAGAGGAAAGCUUUCCUUUGGUUUGUGACUGGUUUUGACAGGGUGCCUGUUCUUGACAUGGAAAAGAUCAAGAUGACAAUCAAAGUCAGCCCAGCCCAGGACCUCUCCUACGACCAGCAGUACCCUGAAACACAUACAUGUUUCUCAAACCUGGAGCUGCCCUUAUACUCAACCAAAGAGAUCAUGAAAACCAUGCUGACAGAGGCCCUGAGCAAAAACAGAAGAAUCUGUGAAUGAUGGUGGGACUGUACUGUGACUGUCUCUGUACUGAACAGAGGACUUAACAUGUAACACAGCAGUGCCUGUGUAUAAGCAGACACCAAGGGUUUUAAACUCUCUACAAUAAUCGCAUGUUUGGGUGUAAAUAAAAAACACAUGCCUCAUAAUGUAUAACACUGAUAUAGAUAGUAUAGUGUUUGUAAAUACAUUGCAGGGAAGUCUUAAGUAAGUGAUUUAAUAAUAUUUCUUUUAACAAGUGUUACAACUCCUCAGAUAAUAAAGAGUGUGAUAGAGUUUGUUAUUCUGGGACCAAGUUGAAUAAAGAUCUGCACAAAAUAAAUGUGAACUGUAAAGCAUACCCCUCUGUGUUAUAAAGACUAUGCAUGUUUGUUAUGUUUAUCAAAUGAGAUUUCCCAAAACUUAAAUAUAAUAAUGUAAAAUAUUUGAAACGUAACAUUUUUCAUGGUGGUGCAAUAAAGUAUAAAUUCUC